GCCGGCUGAGGGCCGGGCUGCGCCUAUGGAAAAGCAAAGCUGGCAUCCCCCCGCCCCCCCCCCCCCAGCGAAGCCCAACUCCGGCCGGGCACGGCUCCUCCUCGCAGCCCGCAGCGCCCCGGCCCCACCGCCGCCUCCUCCCGCUGCGCCGCCUCCGCCUCCUCCUCCUCCUCCUCCUCUGCCUCCUCCCCUCGCCCGGGGCACCGGCGGCGCUGCGGAGGGGACGCUCCCGGUGCGGGGGCGGGGAGGGAGGAGGAGGAGGAGGAGGAGGAGGAAGGCUCCGGCCCCGCUCGCCCUGCAGCGCAACGGCGGCCCCCGGAUGGUGCUGGCUGCCUGUAAACAGCAUUCCGAGGGGGGAGAAAUCCAAACCCAAUUUAAUUUUCCUGUCUCAAACAUCACCUCUUCCCCCCGGAUUAUGUUGGAAACCAGCCCUCGAAGAGCCUCGGCCGAUGGAGCGGGCAGGCGGGGGCUCCUGCCAUCGUCCCUGCGCCGCUCGCUCGGCAGAGCCACCAAACUGCUGCGGACGCCCCUUGGCCCCGGCAGCAGGGGAAAGCUCGGCUUUGGGAGCGGGAGCAUCUCGGUGCCAUGACCCCAACGGCUUCCUCGGCACGGCGGUGUGGCUCUGCGCUGGCACGCCGCAGGCAGGUGCCGUCGCUGCGCUGCACCCAGCAGCACCCCGAUGCCGGGGGGGGGGCCCCCCAAAACACCCCUGUGCCAAUGGGAGUGGCACCCAAGGGUGGGGAGAGGACAAAAAACCCCCCGAGUCUAGCUUUGCUGGGGGGGGAGGUCAGAGGAGCAGGGAAGCCUCGCACCGGAUUUGGGGAGCAGAAAGUGAAAGUGGCUGGCAGUGGGUGUGGUGAGCACGUCAGGGCUCUGCACCCCCCCGUACCCCGCUGGCACCCCUGUCCCCUGGGGGGUUCAGUCCCCGGGAGCUGCCAGGGCCUGGAGAGGACAAAAGCAGCCGGUGAUGGCAUUUUGGAGCCCGAGCGGGAGGGGGAGGAAUCAUGGUGGAAUUUUAAUCAGUUGCCAAAGCAAACAGAAGCGCGGGGAGGUAACGAGCUACCUGCUCCCACCGCCGGCUCCAGCGCCGCCGCCUCGCCGCAGCGGGGAGGCCGUGCCCGGCCCCGAGCCCCCGUUCUCUCGGCGCACAUAAUAACGGGGACCGGGGCUCCAGAGCGAUACUGGGGGCCAAACGCCCUGGUGGCAGCCAUGGAAAAUCGCCAUUGCCCAGUUGCUCCGGUUUGACACCAGGCCCGGGUGUGGGGGUUCGCUCCUCCGGCACAGCCCUCGUGCCCGCCACGCUGCAGCGGGAGCCCAGCGCCGGCCCCGGCCGCUCCAGCGGCCCUUUGGACAUGGCGUUUGCCACAGUAGGAAAUGGUUUCUCCGAGGGUUUUGUUUGCCAGAGGAGAAAACUGGGCUGGAAUUUGCAAGAAGAAAGUUUGAAGGGAACGGCAAAGAAUUAUAUUAGUUUUCCAGAACGAGCUUCCAGUUGUGCCGGUGCACAGAGACGCGUCCUGAAGCAAUGCGAACCGGAGGCAUGUGCAAAAGUAAUAUCGGGCGAAGGGUCCCUUCUCCGGGAAAAGUUUAGCAACUCACAUAAUCAAUUGCCAGCCUACGUCUAUAGCUAAACCAAUUACUGCAGACAAAUUGGCAUGAAUAUUCGCCUCGCAAAGCUCUCCGGCCGCACAAAGGGCUCGCUUUCCCCCUUCCCCUGCCACGAUUUUACGAGAGAGGAAAAUUACUCGGAUGCUGAGCGUACUGUAAGUAAUAAGGGCUUUGAAAAUAGGCUCCUAAUUAAAAAUGAUACCACUGCUCGUUUGUUUUUAAGCACACAUUAAACUUUUUUUUUCUUCCCUGCUGCAUUCAAAUGUUGGGGUUGCUGGCUUGGGUUUUUUUGUGAAAACUGGCUUUCCGUGCCGUGAUUCUGGUUUGAUUUGACUCCCCCCGCCCCCCUCCGGGGUC